AUGACAGCAGCAGCGUCACAUUGCGGCGAGCUUUCCGCGGAGUCCAAUGCAGCAGGCGUCACGGAUGCGGAAGUGGCCCAGAUUGCGAAGGUACCUUGCUUUACUGAAGGACCCCGGACUGCAGUACGCCUGAAAGUGGCAGUGACGAUGCGGAAAUGUGUUGCCGUGCUUCUUACCUGCUUUGCGAAGAUAGGUACAGCCGUACUGCUGCUUCUUUCCUGUUGCAACUUGAAGCUGUGGCUGAUUGCUUCCUGCCUCUUUCUUGAUGAAAUCAAUUGCGGCUGGCCGGCACUCUCGCGGGGCAGGAGCAAGAUGCCGUGCAACCUACACUACAACUGCCUGCAUCUACACGGUACACUGCUGCAGGCGCAUAGGUACCCACGUACCUUCCUCAAAGUGGCGUCGAUCCUCGAUCUUGCAUUCGUGGCAUUGGCUGCAGCCAGCUGGACUAUGGAUGCCGACUUCCCCACACCUUCCCAGUCGAGUUUUCCAAUCCCCAUGUGCUUCUUUCCCUUUUCGCUCAUGAUUCCUCGGUCAUCAGUCAUCAUCCCGAAAGGCAUCUGUCAGCUCACUUUUUUCUUCUGUUCUUUCACCGGCUUCGGAAGACGACCGACCGGUAAUGUGGAUCUUCCGGCCCUACCGAGCCCUCUGAAGUCCGUUCUCGAGGAGACGAGGGAUAUGGAUAGACUCUACCUACCUACUACUUCACUCAAUUCCAAGAAGCCUCGCUCGGAUCCGCGUCUGGAUUCUGCUUCGGUUCACUCGCGAACCCUCAGACCCCUUGCCCGAACUCUGCUCAGCAUCCUCCGCGAAUGCAGUGACGCACUUUGCGUCGGCUUGUCCUUGAUUUCCUCCCCGGCUUGCACAGCACGACGGCACGGCGUGGACGUCGCCCAGCCCAGCUCAACCUAG